AUGGGCUGUACUGUUGAAGUAGACACCACUUCAGGGGCCAGUCUCAAUGGGACCGUGGCUGGUGCUGGAGUCAAUGGACCCCCUGGGACUGAUGACUGCCUCAAAGAGGUCCUCUGCUUCAAGUGCACCCCACUGCCCUUGUGCUUAUUGGGCUUCAGUGCUGAGGAUCUCAAUCUCUCAGAUGCUAAGUCUUUAGAUACGUUCUGGUGCCUCUUCCUCAGUACCAAUGAUGACAGUGAAGAGUCCAGAAGUGCAGAAGAUGAUGCUAUGCUGCGUUCAGACAAGGGCUCAUGUUCUACCUGGGGUGCAGGGCAUUUCUCCACCUUUGAUAAUUAUUUGUAUGACUUCUCUGGGUCCUGCAACUACAUCUUCACCACCGUAUGCAAUGAUGUUAGCCCGGACUUCAACAUCCAGUUCCGCCGCGGGGUGAACAAAAAAAUUACAAGAAUCAUCAUGGAGUUGGGACCUGUCGUCGUCACAGUUGAAAAGAACAUCAUUGCACUCAAGAAUGUUGGUAUCAUCAAGUUGCCGUACACCAGCAAUGGAAUCCAAAUUGCUCCUUUUGGACGCACCGUCCGCCUGGUGACCAAGCUGAUGGAGAUGGAGCUGGAAGUCGUCUGGAACAACGACGACUAUCUCAUGGUUAUGGUUGAGAGAAAAUAUAUGAGGAAAACUUGUGGAAUGUGCGGGAAUUUUGAUGGACAGGAACUAAAUGAGUUUCUGAGUGAAGGUAGAUUGCUGGAUGCAUACCAAUUUGCCACUUUACAAAAAAUGGAUGACCCAUCAGAGAUCUGCCCAUCUGAGGAGAUGGCAAUUCCCAAUAUUCCUCGCAAAAAAUAUGCCAGGAUCUGCUCCCAGUUACUCAACCUUGUGUCUCCAGCUUGCAACGUGUCCAAGAAAGCGUUUGUCAUCCGUUGUCAGCUUGAUAUGCAGGACUGUAGUGAUCCAGGGCAAAGAAACUGUACUUGUGCUACACUGUCAGAGUACUCUAGGCAAUGUACCAUGUCCAAUCAAGCAGUGUCUGAUUGGAGGAGUGAAGACUUCUGCUCUGUAGGAAAAUGUUCAGCUGACCAAAUAUACAAGGAGUGUGGUUCUCCAUGUGUUAAAACCUGUUCCAACCCAGAGUACAGCUGUUCCAGUUACUGUACAUAUGGUUGCUUCUGCCCAGAAGGUACUGUUCUUGAUGACAUCUCAAAAAAUCGAACAUGUGUUCCCAUUGACCAGUGCCCGUGUACACUGAAUGGGGAGAGAUAUGAUCCUGGCGUUACCAUGAAAGCAACAUGCAGGAGCUGUAAAUGUACAAUGGGCCAGUGGAAUUGCAAUGAACUUCCCUGCCCAGGAAGAUGUUCCCUGGAGGGAGGCUCCUUUGUCACCACGUUUGAUUCCAGGUCAUACAGGUUCCACGGAGUCUGCACAUACAUCCUCAUGAAGAGUCCCAGCCUUCCGUACAAUGGAACCCUGAUGGCUGUGUAUGAUAAGUCUGGUUACUCUCAUUCUGAAACAUCAUUAACUGCUAUAAUUUACCUUUCUACAAAGGACAAAAUUGUGAUUUCUCAAAAUGACCUUCACACAUAUGAUGAACUCAAGUGGAUACCUUUUAGAUCAGCUGACAUCACCGUUUUCAGACAGUCCUCCACCCACAUUCAAAUGUAUACCACCUUUGGGCUGGAACUAAUAGUUCAAACUUGGCCAGUGUUUCACGUCUAUAUAAAAGUUGGACCUCUCUUCAAAGGCAGAACCCUAGGGUUGUGUGGCAAUUACAAUGGAGACACUACAGAUGAUUUCAUGACCAGCAUGGAUAUUAUUGAAGGAACAGCAUCCCUGUUUGUGGACUCCUGGAGAUCAGGGAACUGCCACCCUGCUGCAGAGAGGGACACAGACCCUUGCUCUAUGAGUCAAUUGAACAAAAUGUCUGCAGAGACCCAUUGCUCCAUUCUUACUAAGAAGGGCACAGUGUUUGAGAAAUGCCAUUCUGUGGUGAAUCCUGCUCCUUUUUACAAGAGAUGCAUCUACCAAGCCUGUAACUAUGAGGAGACCUUUCCUUAUAUUUGUUCUGCUCUGGAAUCUUAUGCAAGAGUGUGUGCUUCAAUGGGGCUGAUCCUUGUAAACUGGAGGGACACUGUAGACAACUGCACCAUUUCCUGUACUGGCAAUCAGACAUUCAGCUACCACACUGAAGCCUGUGAUAGGACGUGCCUGUCACUUUCCGACCAAACCCUGGAAUGUUAUCCUACUGACAUCCCUAUUGAUGGCUGCAACUGUCCUAAAGGUACCUACUUGAACCACAGAAGUGAAUGUGUGCGUAAAUCCAUGUGUCCCUGCUACCUGGAAGAUAAGAGGUUCAUCCUGCCUGACCAGUCAACUAUAAUUGGUGGCAUUACCUGCUUUUGUGUUAAUGGAAAGAUGAGUUGCACUGGCAAACCUCAAGACCCUGCAGAAAACUGCAAGCCUCCCAAAAAAUAUGUGUCAUGUUCACAGAACUCAGAGAACAAAUAUGGAGCCUCCUGUUCCCCUACCUGUCAGAUGCUGGCCACUGGAAUUGAAUGUGUACCCACUAGGUGUGAAUCAGGCUGUGUCUGCACUGAUGGGCUAUAUGAGAAUCUAGAUGGAAUGUGUGUACCACCUGAUGAGUGUCCCUGUGAAUAUGGUGGCAUCUCUUAUAAAAAAGGGGAAGAAAUCCACACUGAAUGCAAAACCUGCACCUGUACAAGAGGCAAAUGGAAAUGUGUUCAGAAAUCUAAAUGCUCCUCAACAUGUACCCUCUAUGGAGAAGGACAUGUCACCACUUUUGAUGGACAGCGCUUUGUGUUUGAUGGCAACUGCGAAUACAUACUAGCUACGGAUGGUUGCGGUAUGAACAGUUCUCACUCCACCUUUAAAAUUGUGACUGAGAAUGUCAUCUGUGGGAAAUCAGGAGUCACCUGCUCCAGGUCUAUCAAGAUCCACCUUGGGAAUAUGACACUUAUACUGGCAGAGGAAACCUACUUUGUAUAUGGGGACAAUCCUCUGACACAAUUCCACGUGAAAAAGAAUGCCCUUCACCUGAUGUUCGAUAUCAUUAUCCCAGGAAAAUACAACAUGACUCUUAUCUGGAACAAGCACAUGAAUAUUUUCAUCAAGAUCUUCAGAGAAGCACAGGAUCACCUCUGCGGUUUGUGUGGGAAUUACAACGGGAACAUGAGAGAUGACUUUGAAACUCGAAGCAAAUACGUGGCAGCAAAUGAACUGGAGUUUGUAAAUUCUUGGAAGGAAAAUCCUAUGUGUGGGGAUGUGUUCUUUGUAGUUGAUCCCUGUAGCAAGAACCCUUAUCGUAAAGCUUGGGCAGAGAGGAAGUGUUCCAUCAUCAACAGCCAGGUCUUUGCUCCAUGUCACAGUAAGGUAUACCGCAUGCCUUAUUAUGAUGCCUGUGUCCGAGACUCCUGUGGGUGUGACUCUGGAGGAGACUGUGAAUGCAUGUGUGAUGCCAUUGCAGUGUAUGCCAAGGCAUGCUUAGAUGUAGGUGUCUGCAUUGACUGGAGAGCCCCAGAGUUCUGUCCUGUCUAUUGUGACUACUUCAACACACACCGAAAGUCAGGCAGUGAGGGCACCUACAGCUACAAUUAUUGGGAUGAACAAAAUUGCACCUGGCAUUACCGACCUUGUAAUUGCCCACAACAAAACUACAAAUAUGUCAACAUUGAAGGCUGUUACAACUGCUCACACAAUGAAUACUUUGAUCACGAGGAGAGAGAGUGCAAGCCCUGCAGUAAAAGCACUACUACAGUUAAAACACCAACUGCUACCGUACCACCAACAGCCACUACAUCUACAGAGUCCACCAUGCACACUGUUUUAAGCACUACACCAACCACCCUAUCUACUACAAAAGUAACCAUAAAAACAACACCUAUCACAAUCAAAUCCACUACUCACUCCAUACCAGUAACCCCCAUUACGAAAAAGACAACACUGUCAACUACCCCAAUCAUAACAGUAACUGGGAUUACUUCACCAAUAACCACCACCAAAACAACCAUAUCUCCAACCUCAGAAACACCACUCACCCCUACAGUCACAGUCAUCUCAACAACUGUAACACCGAGCAGUACCAGGAAAACAACAUCAACCACAUCUCUCUCUACAACUUCAAAAACCACUGCAUCAACAGAGUCCAUCCCAACGCCCUCACCAAAAACCACUCGAAUAAGAACUACGACAACGACUGUGCCUUCCACCAAGUCUACCGAAACCAGUACAACCGCCACACCAACUACACCCACAACCCUCACUCUCACCACGACUACCUUGUCCACUAGCUCACCAGAGAGCACAACAUCAAAGUCAACCCCUACCAUUUCCACUACCUUUACCACGCCCACCACAACCACCACACCAACUACACUCACAAGCGUCACUCUGACAACGACGGCCCCGACCAGUACUUCACCGGAGAGCACCGCAUCUGAGUCCACCACCCUAAGCACAGUGAAAACAACUACGCUGACGACAGUUUCUCCAACUACUACAUCAACCAAGUCCACAACGGAGGCAACACCAACAGGAAAAGAGCCAACUAAACCUAGUACUCCAUCCUCACCGGGUGAGCUGACACACAACGGUGCACUCACUCUAAAACCCCUGCUCAUAAUGAUACAGUUAUUUACUCAUAGAAAACUCUUCCUCUGCAAUCCACCAUUUUCUUGUCAACGUCACCAUAUCGAUUCACAUUUCUCCCUCACAGUAACACCGAGCAGUACCAGGAAAACAACACCAACCACAUCUCUCUCUACAACUUCAAAAACCACUGCAUCAACAGAGUCCAUCCCAACGCCCUCACCAAAAACCACUCGAAUAAGAACUACGACAACGACUGUGCCUUCCACCAAGUCUACCGAAACCAGUACAACCGCCACACCAACUACACCCACGACCCUCACUCUCACCACGACUACCUUGUCCACUAGCUCACCAGAGAGCACAACAUCAAAGUCAACCCCUACCAUUUCCACUACCUUUACCACGCCCACCACAACCACCACACCAACUACACUCACAAGCGUCACUCUGACAACGACGGCCCCGACCAGUACUUCACCGGAGAGCACCGCAUCUGAGUCCACCACCCUAAGCACCGUGAAAACAACUACGCUGACGACAGUUUCUCCAACGACUACGUCAACUAAGUCCACAACGGGGUCAACACCAACAGUAACACCGAGCAGUACCAGGAAAACAACAUCAACCACAUCUCUCUCUACAACUUCAAAAACCACUGCAUCAACAGAGUCCAUCCCAACGCCCUCACCAAAAACCACUCGAAUAAGAACUACGACAACGACUGUGCCUUCCACCAAGUCUACCGAAACCAGUACAACCGCCACACCAACUACACCCACAACCCUCACUCUCACCACGACUACCUUGUCCACUAGCUCACCAGAGAGCACAACAUCAAAGUCAACCCCUACCAUUUCCACUACCUUUACCACGCCCACCACAACCACCACACCAACUACACUCACAAGCGUCACUCUGACAACGACGGCCCCGACCAGUACUUCACCGGAGAGCACCGCAUCUGAGUCCACCACCCUAAGCACCGUGAAAACAACUACGCUGACGACAGUUUCUCCAACGACUACGUCAACUAAGUCCACAACGGGGUCAACACCAACAGUAACACCGAGCAGUACCAGGAAAACAACAUCAACCACAUCUCUCUCUACAACUUCAAAAACCACUGCAUCAACAGAGUCCAUCCCAACGCCCUCACCAAAAACCACUCGAAUAAGAACUACGACAACGACUGUGCCUUCCACCAAGUCUACCGAAACCAGUACAACCGCCACACCAACUACACCCACAACCCUCACUCUCACCACGACUACCUUGUCCACUAGCUCACCAGAGAGCACAACAUCAAAGUCAACCCCUACCAUUUCCACUACCUUUACCACGCCCACCACAACCACCACACCAACUACACUCACAAGCGUCACUCUGACAACGACGGCCCCGACCAGUACUUCACCGGAGAGCACCGCAUCUGAGUCCACAACACUAAGCACCGUGAAAACAACUACGCUGACGACAGUUUCUCCAACGACUACGUCAACUAAGUCCACAACGGGGCCAACACCAACAGGAAAAGAGCCAACUAAACCUAGUACUCCAUCCUCAUCUGUAACUAAGACCGUGGAAACCACAACACCGAGAAGUACCAGCAAAACAACACCAACCACAUCUGUCUCUACCACAUCCAAAACCUCUGUAUCAGCAGAGUCCAGGCCAACCUUCUCACCAAUAAUAAGUCUAAGAAGCACCUCCUCACCAGGAACCGCUCCAGUAAGAAUUGUGACAACGACUAUGCCUUCCACCAAGUCUACCGAAACCAGUACAACCGCCACACCAGCUACACCCACAACCCUAACUCUCACCACGACUGCCUUGUCCACUAGCUCACCAGGGAGCAUAACAUCAAAGUCAACCCCUACCAUUUCCACUACCUUUACCACUCCCACCACAACCACCACACCAACUACACUCACAAGCGUCACUCUGACGACGACGGCCCCGACCAGUACUUCACCGGAGCGCACCGCCUCUGAGUCCACCACCCUAAGCACAGUGAAAACAACUACGCUGACGACAGUUUCUCCAACAACUACGUCAACUAAGUCCACAACGUUGUCAACACCAACAGUAACAAAGGCCAUACGAACCACACCACCACAAAGAACUACCCCCAGAAGUACGACGAAAACAUCACCAACCACAUCAGUCUCCACAACAUCCAAAACCACUGCGUCAACAGAGUCCACCUCAACCUCCAUACCAAAAACUAGGCUGAUAACCACAACUCUGACAACGACUACUCCUUCCACUACAUCUACUCAGUCCAGCACAACUGCCACACCAACUACACCAACAACCGUCACAUUGACAACAACUACCUUGACCACUAGUUCAACGGAGAGCACCACCUCAGAGUCUACCUCCACCCAAACCACUACUUCUACCACCACAAAAACCACAAUGCUGACAUCCUCUACCCCUUCCAUUACCUCUACCAGGUCCAGCACAACCAUCACACCCACGACCGUCACUCUGACAACGGCCCCGAGCAGUACUUCAACGGAGAGCACCACAUCAGAGUCCACCACCCCAAGCACCGUAAAAACAACUACACUGACAACAGUUACUCCAGCUACUACAUCAACUCAGUCCACAACGGGGGCAACACCAACAGUAAUAAAGACUAUAGAAAGCACAUCACCACAAAGAACUAUCCCCAUCAGUACGACGAAAACAACACCAAUAACAUCUGUCUCUACAACGUCCAAAACCACUAUUUCUACAGAGUCCACUCCAACCUCCUCACCAAAAACUAGGCUGAUAACCACAACUCUGACAACGACUACUCCUUCUACUACGUCUACGGUGUCCAGCACAACCGCCAUACCAACUACACCCACAACCGUCACUCUGACGACAACUACCUUGACCACUAGUUCAGCGAAGACCAUCAUGUCGAAGUCCACCUCCCCGCAAACCAUUACCUCUACCACCACAAAAACCACAUCACUGACAACCCCUAUACCUUCCAUUACCUCUACCACAUCCAGCACAACCACCACCCCAACUACACUCACAUCUGUCACGCUCACGACAACGGUCCCAACAGCUAGGUCAACAUCAGAGUCCAUCACCCCAAGCACCAUAAAAGCCACAACACUGACAGGAAUUUCUUCUACUGCUAUUUCAACUAAAUCCACAAUGAGGACAACACCAACACCAACAGUAAUAAAGUCAACUAGAAAAACCACAACUUCCAGUACUUCUAUUAAAUCCACUACAAGCACUUCACAAACAACUACGCCAAUCUCUACCUCAACUGAAUUUUCAACAUUGGAAUCCACCACUCUGCCUAAUGCCACUACCUCAAUCACCAAAAAACCGAUAUCAAAAAUGACUACGUCCACAUCUACGGCUUCGACUCUCACUGUGAUAACAUCCACUACUCCGAAAACCACAACCAUCAAAAUCACAACUUUUUCAACUACCCCAACUAGUUCAUCAACUGAGACAGCCACAAUCAAAUCAACUACAUACAUAACACCAACCACAACAAAAACCACAGCUCUAUUCAAUGAAACAACUACAGCUUCUACUGCAUUUACUACAGGCUUUCACCCCCCUGGCAAAAUGCCUACUUUACUAACUACAACACCUUCCAAAGAACGUUGUAGAGAGAUUGAAUAUGAGGAGCAAGUGACUUACAAAGGAUGUACUACAAAUGUCACCUUGACCCGCUGUGAAGGAAUGUGUCCAUCUUCAGCAAAGCUAAAUAUCGCAAAGAUGAUGGUAGAUGUGGAAUGUGGCUGCUGUAUGCCAGUCACACUACAUAAAAAGGAACUGAAAAUGCCUUGCCCAGACCCAGAUCGCCCUGGAAAGAGGCUCAUUAUGGAAAUCAUCAUAUUUGGUGGCUGCGUAUGUAACUAUGAUGGCUGCACACACUAG